AUGGAGCAGCGGGACGCGGCCCACGUCGACGGGCCCGCUCCGGCCAGGACAGAGGAGGACAUUGCCUCCCUCGUCAACAGGAUGGACAUCGACAUCCACCUGACGGCGGGGAGCGACUCAGGGCAUGCUUCCGGCGUCGAGGAUUCAGCAAGUCUGCACCAGCAAGGUCGCGUGGUGGAGGCCUCCCAUGAGUACGUGGACAUGUAUGAGGGCGACCUUCCAGAGCAGGCGGUCAAGGCCAUUAGAGCUGCGACGCGUAUGGUGAACAAUAAGCUGGCCAAGGUGCUUGCAGCAAUGGCAGCGGAGGAAACAGCAGUAGCAGCAAUAAGCAUCUUCUAUCUGGAUAGGGAUCACAAAGAAGAGGAAGAUCAGAAGCGAUUUCAUGAACAGCGGCAAGGAGGGAUUGAUGGAGGUGCUCAAGUGCAAGGCAACUUCCACUUCAUGGAGGUGGAUGACGACAACGACAUGUAUGGCACCGCCAUGGCUUUGACCUCGGGCUUGGCCAUGGUGCCAGCCAAUGCUUCCUCUCCCCUGCCAUGCCGCACCGCAACAGUGGUAGUAGCAGGCUCCUAA